GUGACGGUGCGCGUGAAGGUGGAGGAGUUGGCCCCAGGGGAUGCAGAUGACCCCGAAUCGGCGGGGGUCCCACCAAGCCCCCUGUCAGUGUCACCCCCACUCCCAUCUGGGGACAUCUGGCGGGAAGAGGUGGCCCAGGGCAAGGCGAAAUUUGUCUCCAAGGACGAGGAGUAUCAUCUGCAGGACACAGCUAAAAACCCUGCCCGGAGCGGGACCCACCGGCAACACAUCCCACGGGAUCCCACCACCUUCACCCCAGGUCCACCCGGACCAGCGGAGGACACCAAGAGCCUGGAGAAGCCAGGAAAGGAGCGCCCGUCCCCCUGCGGCGAAUGCGGCAAAAGCUUCAGCCGCUUGACCCACCUGAAGACCCACCAGCGGACCCACACCGGGGUGAAGCCCUACGCCUGUGGGGCCUGCGGGAAGAGCUUUGGCCACCUCUCCACCCUCACCACCCACCAGCGGCUCCACACGGGGGAGCGGCCCUAUGCCUGCGGGGCCUGCGCCAAGACCUUCACCAACCCCUCAGACCUCAACAAGCACCAGCGGUCGCACACCGGCGAGCGGCCCUACCCCUGCGCCGCCUGCGGCAAACGCUUCAGCCAGCAGUCCAACCUCACCAUGCACCAGCGCUCGCACACCCAGGAGCGCCCCUACCCCUGCGGCGCCUGUGGGAAGAGCUUCAAGUACCUGGCAGACCUCACAGUCCACGAGCGGUCACACACGGGCGAGAGACCUUUCCCCUGUCCCCACUGCGGGAAGAGCUUCAGCAACAAGUCCUCCCUCGCCCGCCACACGCGGAUCCAUGCCCGGGCGGCCACCAGGGACAAGUGA